AUGUUCUUGGUGGAUGCAGGACCUGGGACUCCCAGAAUUUGUAUGCAAGAUGAGCCUACAGGAGUGCCAAUCAACCGAGCCAGCAGGCUUGAGAAUAAGGUUGGAUACCUGGAUCUAGUGGCCGGUGAAUCACUGAUCAAAGAGAAGAUUUUGGAGAGAUUCUUCAUCGAUCUAGUGGCCGGUGAAUCACUGAUCAAAGAACGAGCAGCCGCCAGGUUUAAUGAUUUGGUUGGAUCCCUGGAUGUAGUAGCUGGUGAACCGCUUCUUCUUCUUCCACGAAGAUUCAGACAAAACCGAGCUUGGAUGGAACUGAACAAGAUUUGGCGAACGAAUACAAGGGUCAAAGGCUUUCUUAUUGAGAAAGGAAAAAGAGGUUAUUCAGUAGCCAUCGCAGGUUUCAUUACUUUUCUUCCAUUCCGUCCUCACAUAAGGAAAAGGAUCAAAAAUGAUCGAUUCAGCAUUGAGAGCAUUAACCCAAAAAGGACGAAUAUUGUGGUGUUCUAA